AUGAGUGGAGGCAAAGAGGGCAGCCGUGGAGGAGUGUCCGUCCAGGGCAGGGGCCUGCACAGGGUGGAGCUGAUGGGACCGGACGUGCGUACCGGGAUCGAGGAACCAAGAGCCGCGCUGCAGCCAGGCCGCGGGCCGCGGGCCAGCCCUCCGCAGGCGUCCACCACGGGCACUGCGUCCACCACGGGUGCAGCGGCCCCUUCAGUCCCACCCGCCUGUCGGGGCCUGGUGGGCACAUCCAAGAUUGUGUGGCCUCAGUCCGGGAGAGAAGCUGAGAAGCCAGAGUGGGCAACUCAAAACAGGCAGGUCGGGGCUGGGUGCUGA